AUGGAAGAAACAACAAGCAGAGAAGAAAUAAUCCAAGCAAUAACAGAAAAGGUUGGAACCCUGCAGAAUACUUUUCAGCUAAGCAAUUUGCGACCUAACGCAAAUAACACUCAAGCUGCCACUAUUAUAACUGACAAGGCAACUGCUGAUUCAUUACUGCAAGUCCCAACAUUAAGAAUAGGUAUAGUACGAUGUAGUUUAGAGAGGAAAGCCGAUAUCAAAAAGUGUAAGCGUUGCUGGGCACACGACCAUACCGAAGAGCACUGUAAUGGACCAGAUAGGAGAAAAUUAUGCUAUAAAUGUAGUGAAGAAGGUCACACAGUAAAAGAAUGUCCGAAUAACGAGAAAUGUCCUAUGUGCGAAGACAAUAGACAUAGAGCUGGAACUGGCAAAUGCCGCAAGUUUCGUAGGGCAUUGUCAUAUUACAGAAAUAAAAACAGGACAAAUCCAACCAAUUUGCAAUAA